AUGGCUUAUGUGGCCAAUGCGGCCGGCCACGCAGGCGCGUCGUCAAUCAGCGUAUGCGUGAGAGUGCGUCCCUUCACGAUCCAAGAGGCGGCGCAGCUGAACAGAUGCGACGAUGGGCCGGUGUACUUGGGCGAAGGCUCGCUGGCUUCUGCCCCUAAGCCGCGGCUGGGCCAGAAGGGCAUUCGGAAUGUGAUCAAGGUGCUCGACGAGAAGACAUUAAUCUUCGAUCCUCCAGAAGACAGUCCCACGCAACGAUUCGGUCGGCAGCUGAUGGCCCAAGGCAAGCGCGCAAAGGAGGCUACAUUCGGCUUUGACCACGUCUUCGACGACAAUGCCAGCCAAACCGAUUUGUAUGCAGGCACCACCAGAAGUCUACUCGAUCGCGUCUUGGAUGGCUACAACGCGACCGUCUUUGCCUACGGCGCGACCGGCUGCGGCAAGACGCAUACCAUCACCGGAACCUCAGCACACCCCGGAAUCAUCUAUCUGACUAUGCAAGAGCUGUUCGAGAAGAUGGAGGAGCUUCGAGAGAGCAAGGAGGUGACCAUCACGCUCUCUUAUCUCGAAAUAUACAACGAGCAAAUCCGCGAUCUUUUGGUCGACGAUCAAGUUGACGAGAAUGGCAAGCCAGUCGCCAGGCAGAAUUUGAUGCUGCGCGAGGAUGCCGAUCAAACUGUAUCCGUGGCUGGCCUCACGUCACACAAGCCGCAAGAUGUCGACCAAGUCAUGCAAAUGAUCGUUCAAGGAAAUGCAAAGCGCACUCAAUCGCCGACAGAAGCCAACGCCACAUCGUCCCGCUCGCAUGCCGUGCUGCAAGUCAAUGUCGCAUCGAAGGAUCGGAAUGCCAGUGUGAAUGAGCCCGUCACCUUCGCCACCCUGUCCAUCAUCGAUCUCGCUGGAUCGGAGCGCGCAUCAGCAACGAAGAAUCGUGGUCCACGGCUCACAGAAGGCGCCAAUAUCAACAAAUCCCUCCUUGCGCUGGGCAGCUGCAUCAAUGCGCUGUGCGACCCCAAGAAGAAGAGCCACGUUCCAUAUCGCAACUCCAAGCUCACCCGCUUGCUGAAGUUCAGUCUGGGCGGCAACUGUCAAACAGUGAUGAUUGUCUGUGUCUCUCCAAGCAGCGCCCACUUCGACGAGACGCACAACACAUUGCGCUACGCCAACCGCGCCAAGAACAUCCUCACCAAGAGCAUUCGCAAUGUCUACAAUGUCGACCGCCAUGUCAAGGACUACCUUAAGAAGAUUGAGGAACAGCGGCAGCUCAUCGAAGAGCUCGAAGCCAAGCUCGCCGAUGGAGUCAACACGGCAGCGAACAAGCUGCGCAAGGCCGAAGUGAAGCUUGAAGACAUAGGCAAAGAAGGCAUUGAGCGUAUCCGUGCCUCCUAUGAGCACUCCGCCGGGGAGCGACACGAGCGCAUCCGAGACACGUGCAGACUCCGUCAAAUCGAGCGUCGCAUCAGUGCCAUCAGUGCAUGGGUGGGCGCCUUCGACCAGGUUUCCGAGACGCGGGAGGACGAAGAGCCACCCGCUGCCCUGGUAUCCAUGCGCCAAACAGCCACCGGCAUCCUUGCAGAGCUCGAACAUAGCCGACAGCACUAUCAUCAAAAGCUGCAAAAGAACAAUUGGGCUCGUGCUAUCGACACUGCUCUCCAGUUUGCUCUUCAGCAGCUGCAGAACAACGAGGCCUUCCACAAGGGCAGUUGCCACGAAGCCACCAUCCUCAAAGAAAUGGAGAUCCUCAAGCAGCGCUCCGAGAUCGACAUCCACAUUGCAGUCCUCGAGCAAGAGAAGGUCGGUGAAGCGUCGCUGAUGCAGGUCAUGCUCACUACUCAGUUUGAGACCAUGGCUAUCAUCAACCAGCUUCUGCACAUGAGCGAGGAGGAAGCAAUGCAGGCAGGCCGCGACGUUAUGGGCAAGCUGAUGCAAGCCUGCCUCGAUGCUACUGGCCAAAUCAUCAAGCCCGACGGCGGCCUUCAGAUCACGCAAGCAGUGAAGCCGACGAAAUCGGGCACACCCAGAAAACAGAAGGCGCUUCUUGCGGUGCCGACACGCAUCGCGGAAGAGUCACAAUCAUCGUCACCACGCGUAGGCUCUAGCCCUGCCCGCGGAGCGCACGCGAGUCCUAAGAGGCGCGUGAAGCUCGGCGGUCUGGCGCGCAAGGGAGUCGCAUUCUCUGGCGCUGGCACUCCUAAGAAGAAGUCACCACAGAAGAAGCGCACCGUGCGAUGGAAGGACGAAGAUGCCAAGGAUGGCGAAGAGCCGGGUACUUUGGUGGAGUUUCAGCCCACGCCGAAGAUGCCG